UAGUGGUGAUGAAACGCCUAAUCAUAACCUCUCCACUCUCCGGACAUGCUGGGACUGAUCUCUGCGCUCUGGAUGUGACCCUCCGGAUGAUAACAGAGAAACCCGAGACAGCCAGAGAAGCAGUGAUGUCAGGCAGGUAAAAACGGUGUGAUUUGACCAUAGGAUUUAACCCGCUGAAAUGAGCGAGAGAGCCGAGAUGAAAGGGCCCGUAACCCGCAGGAGGAGGACCACCAUCACCGGCAGCGGACCGGUGAAACAAGCCAACGGGAGCAAGAGUCACGAUGCCGGGGAGAAACCUCCACAGAGCCCCGGCGCUGAAGCCAAAACAGACGUUGUGUCCAUGCAUCCGAGUAACGGGAAGCCGGACAGAGAGAUGGGGGCUUCGGAGCAGCAGCUCCCACACAGUCCGAGCAGAAAACACAUGAGUGUGGUGGAGGAGUUUAACGAGAGACUCAGCUGUCACGUCCUCCAGGAGUCUCUCUUAAGUUCAGCCAGUGGCUACAGCAACUACAGAGGAAUCCUCAACUGGUGUGUUGUCAUGCUGGUGCUGAGCAAUGCACGCCUAUUCUUAGAGAACAUUAUUAAGUAUGGUAUCUUGGUCGACCCUAUCCAAGUAGUGUCUCUCUUCUUGAAGGACCCCUAUAGCUGGCCAGCAGCUUGCCUCAUCAUUGCGUCUAAUGUGUUCAUCCUAGCAACCUUGUACACUGAGAGGCGCCUGGCUGUGGGUACCAUUUCUCAAAGGACAGGAGGGAUUCUUCACAUUUUUAACCUGACAUCCAUUUUGAUCUUCCCUGCAGCAACUGUACUCACUCUUACAUCCAUGACCCCAGUGGGUGGUAUACUCUCCCUAGGAGCCUACUCAAUUCUGUUUCUCAAGCUGUACUCCUACCAAGACACCAACAGGUGGUGUCGACAAAUCAGACAAAUGAAAGCCAAAAGACUAACACGAUCAUACUCAUGUCCAUCUGUGGCACAAUCCAAUGGUUCAGCAGUUCAAAGUCAUGUCUCCUACCCUGGCAACCUCACCCACAGAGACAUGUACUACUUUGUCUUUGCCCCUACUCUCUGCUACCAGCUCAACUUCCCACGCUCACGUCGAAUACGCAUAAGGUUCCUGAUGAGAAGACUUUUUGAAAUGCUUUUCUUCAUGCAGCUGUUGGUGGGGUUGAUACAGCAGUGGAUGGUUCCCACAAUACAGAACUCAAUGAAACCAUUCCAGGAAAUGGACUUUUCAAGGAUGGUCGAGCGCCUCUUAAAGUUAGCUGUCCCUAACCAUUUGAUAUGGUUAAUAUUCUUCUAUUGGUUUUUCCACUCCUGUUUGAACUUUGUGGCAGAGCUGCUGCAGUUUGGAGACAGACAGUUCUACAAAGACUGGUGGAACUCUGAGACUGUCACAUAUUUUUGGAGCAACUGGAAUAUCCCAGUUUACAAGUGGUGUCUGAGACACUUUUAUAAGCCAAUGUUGAGAAAGGGGGUCAACAAGUUUCUGGCACGUACCGCCGUCUUCCUGAUGUCUGCCUUCUUCCACGAGUACCUGGUGAGCGUUCCUCUGAAGAUGUUCAGACCGUGGGCCUUUAUGGGAAUGAUGGCUCAGGUUCCUCUGGCGUGGUUUGUGGGUCGUUUUCUUAACGGAAACUAUGGCAACGCCGCAGUGUGGAUCUCACUCAUCAUUGGCCAGCCUGUCGCUGUGUUGAUGUACGUCCAUGACUACUAUGUCAUUCAUUAUGGGAGCACGACAUAGCACACACACACACAGUUUCACAGUCACACACAUUAACAUGUACAAGUCAUGCUGAAUACUCGCACACAGACACACACACACACACACACAACACACACACACACACACACACACACACAGACACACACACCACACACACAUACACAACCUGCAGGACUACUCAAGGAGUUAAAGUUGAGUAGGUUGAGUGGACUUUAUUAGAAAGCCCUGCUGAUAUGAAUCUGUCAGUGAAAGCAGCAGAAAAUAGUUUUUGCCUCGUGGAUUUUUGCACUAUAGAGAAAUGAACUCAGGAAAGUAUUCUUAGAACCUGAGAAGUGCUUGCUUUAAAGAGUAUUCCUCUUUUAUUAGGUCAUUCCUUUGAAGUCAGGUCCAAAGUCUCCACCUGCUCUUAAUAUCUAUAUCUAGCAUUGAAACGAUUCAACUUUAAACAAACAAGUAUUUCAUUUCUAAGGUGUCCCAAAGUUGCCAAAAUGGGCGAUUGAAAAUGUAUGAGCUCAAACUAAGGUUAAGUGCAAUAUAUAAAAUGAUAAGAGCACUUCGCUGCAUUCAAAAGUGGAAACACUGCUUGCAAGCAGACCCCCUUUUGUUCUGGAAUAUGCGCAACAAAUGUGAACCACUGCCGAGAAAAACACAGAAGAGGAUCCUCAACAGAGCCUUGCUUUCAAAGGCAACAGGGGAAAGAUGAUGACAGAUAAGUAGCCAAUGCUUUAAAAUUGCAAUAUUAGAAAGAUCCCAGUGAUUUAAUAAUUGUUUUCAUAGUGUACAUUCUGAGUCUCUCUUUUUGAUCUUGUGCAGUUGUUGAGUAUUACAGAAAUGUGUAUUUGAAGGAUUUUUUUCAACAAAGAUUUAAGGCAGGAAAGGAAAGAAAGAAGCUAAACAAUGAGGGAGAAACUGUAGACUGAUGUUUUUGUUUUUAUUUGUACAAUCGUGAACGUCCAGGCAGCCUUUCCUCUUCUGUUUCUCAACUCCAACGCCAUCAAUGCAAACUCUUUGUGUAACAGAACAUGCUGCAGGUGUGUUUUCUGUUGGCUUAAGUGUCUCUUUUGUAAUGCAUUCGACUUAUCAGAGGUUUUAUUUUAUACUUAGUCAAAUGUUAUGUGUCGGUACAACAGUUACAUUGCACUAAAUUAUAACUGAUGUGAUGUAUUAUUUUGAACCAAUAAUUUAAUGCAGUAAGUGAUUUGCUGAUUUGAACCAAUGAAUGUUUUUGCACUUUAAAGAGAUGCAUACGGAGCCCUAAAGGGACAUUUUUUCUGGAGAAAGUUACCGCUGCGCCAAGGAGGAAGUGGAGCACACAGGAGGAGACAACCAUUUCAUUGCAGACUGUUAUGUUUACGUGGGGAAAUGGCAGUGCAUACAUUAUUUGAGAGGGGGGAUGUGAGUCUGUUUGUGCUCUGCUCAGCUCCGCUCUGUGUGUUCUGAGUGUUUGUUUCACCUUAAAACAGAGUCACGGACAUUAAUUCAUAGAUCAAAGCAGACUGGUUUACAGACUCUCCUGUUUUGCCAAUCCGGUGCUUGAACAAAUAGCUCUACACCCCAGGCUGAAAUGUCCAUCAAAUUAAGUCUGAGUUCGAAAUAUAUCUCAAAUAAUGUAUACACUGUCAUUUCCCCACGUAAACAUAACAGUCUGCAAUGAAAUGGUUGUCUCCUGUGUGCUCCACUUCCUCCUUGGUGCACCGGUAACUUUCUAAAAAAAACACAACAAAAAGUCCCUUUAGGGGCUCCGUAGAUGCAUGCCGUUGACUAAAGCAAUAUAUUUUUCAAAUGUAUUCUUUAAGAUAUAUCAAUCAUGUGAGGAAAAUAUGUUUGGUAAUUUGCUUGUUGAUAUUUUUGUUGUCCUAUAAGGUGGGCUUAAUUUCGGUUUGUUCCGAUGUAGAACAGCAGCUGCAGUGGAAAUAAUGCCUUUUCAUGCCAUAGGUUUUUCAGUGUUCAAAUUCUAAAGAAAAUGAUUGUCUUGGUUUAAAAAAAAAAAGAUGCCAAUACAUAUAUGGAUAUAUCCAUACAAGAGUUAGAUGCUCUGUCAUUUUACAUUUGUUUUAAUCUGCUUUCCAAGUACACAGUGAAAGUUGACUCAUCAUGACAAAUAAUCUCCAAAGUUGUAUUUAAAUUAGUUUAGAGCAAAUUUCAGGGAGAACACUGUUCAAUCAGGAGAGACGGUUUCGAUGUAAGAAUACAUAUUUAUUGCCAGGAAUACAAAAAUGAAUGUAAUGGAGUUUUGGCGAUUAGGCCCAGUUGUGCAGGAGUAUCAUUCGGGAGGGGAAAACCGAUCCGAUGAAACCCCCCAGGUGAAAAAGGGGUGGAGGAGGGUUGCGUUUAAACCGUUUAUACAGUCUAUUGGUUGAGUCCAUAGACUGUAUAUAUAAAGAGUCACAUGAAAUGACAGCUGUCAGAGGGGGGGAGAGCAGAUUUAAAAGGGUUAGCGGAGCGCUAUGAUAGGCUUGUGAGAAUAGAGCGAAGUGAUUGGUUAAGCUGGGGAGUGACGCUCCCGAUCACUUAUUGAGAGGAGAGAGAGUAGUAAAUGAAUGAGUAAAGAAGGUCUUCCUGGUUGAACUUGCGCUGAGCUUCAUUUGUUAAAUUCUACUACCAGUUAUCAAAACUACUGAGUUUUGACAUUCCUUAUUCAAAUGUGCCUGCUGUAAAACCACGGUGAAACUAGGUCUAAAGAAUUCUAUCAACCAAUUGUUUUACGUCAAAAAAACAGAGGCCAAAUACACCCAUACCUUCAUUUGUGUAGGCAAUAGAUUUAUAUUUAAUGUUGUGAAACAUUUGGAAAUUGAAGACCUCCUGCACAUAUUCGAAAUACCUGUUUAAAUGCGACAGCUUAUCACUUUAAGCGAUAUUUUGUAUGCAUUGAUGAAAAGAAGAUGUUUUUUGGAGAGCCAUAUUAUCAGUUGGUCUUACCUGAUUUUAAAAAAUAUGACCCAGUUUAAAAUCUGUGUGGACUUUUGAAUCAGUGAGCAGCAGAUUGCAUGUUUUUUUUAAAAAUUUGUAUUCAUUGACAAUUCACUGCAAAAAACUGCUACGGCAGCAUCUUCCCAAAAUACAAUAUGCAUGUUUCAUGGGUGGGGGAACUAGAAUGCUAAACAAUAAAAUGACAAGUCGUCGGUAUCAGUAAUCACUGGCGAAAUCCAAUGGUACAGAUGAACUCACAAUGUAAAAUGAUAAAUAGAAAUGUAAAGAAAUUAUGCUUUUUCUCAUUUUAUAGGAUGAGAAACUCGUUUUGUUCUGUGAAAAAUGUUUUGUUUACAAGCUUACUUAAAGUCACAGGGUGCAGUCCUGAGUCCCAACCACAGCUUUAGAUAGGAUAUGUUGCAUCUCAUGGCUCCUCCUUCUUUUGUGUGCUUUAUUCACCUCAUUAUUCCUGUUUUCACAACAUUACUGUACUGCAUCUGUCCUUGCAAUAUGAGUUGAAAUGCUGAAGAUGCAGCUUUAAGCUAAACUGACUUUAGUUGUGAAAUAAAUGCAAUACUAAUCUGUUCAUACUGUUCACAGAAAUCCAAAGUGAAACAAAGACUAUAAUGUUUUUUGGGAAUGCAAAUCAUUUCCCGAGCCUUUCACUUGAAAUGUGUGUAAUUUGAUAAAGAUUAAUUAUAUUUGAA